AUGUUCAAACGGUUACGAUAUCCUUUAUUGCCUACAGGCACUCUUAUCGCUCAGUGUUGUUAUAUCUCAACAAUAGGUGGUGUACCACCACUCUCAUCCUCACAAUCUUCACAAUCUUCAUCUAUGAUGCGAUUGGGUGUGGUCCAUUUCAACUCACGAAAUAUAAAAGAUGAGAUGACAUCAAAGGUUCCAUUAUUUCUUUAUUUUCAUGUUACUAAUAAUCCAGAUGUCGCCCUUUAUACUGAACGGUUAAUGGGUCAAGUAGAUGCCGCCAAUAGACGUUUACAAAAUAAUAAUAUGGCUGAGGCUUAUCAAGAGUUUGGUAAAGAUCGGGGACUCGCCAUUAAACUCGGCCUCGUAGACUGUGUAAAGGAAGUGGCCCUCACACAACAAUACGGUGUAGAUCCUCACAUGUUUCCUAUUGUUUACUUUGUACGUAAUAAAGUCUAUGCAGAUAAGAUGGUUGGUAUCGUACCAGAGUCUCAAAUAAAAGAGGCGAUUGAUGCCUUUAUUGAUUAUGCGAAAGAAGAAACAAAGAAUGAAAUGAGUGGAAAUUCAGUUUUUCAAAAAGUCAAACGUACAGAUGAGGAUGAUGAAAAUGCCAUGACGUUAUUAAAUGUCGCUCACACAAAACUAAAAAAUAAAGAAAUCUCCAAAGCCCGUGAAUUAUUUACAAAAGCCUAUGAUAUGGCUUCUAAAGAUAUUCAAACCGCACGUGAACGAUUAGGCUUUACAAAAGAAAAAAAAAUCACUCAAGAAAUGUGGGAACGUUUAAAACGUGAGGGUUGUUAUAAUGUCAGUCCACAAGCCCUCUGUGGUCUCGCCAUGUGUGCAAUGAUUACGAAAGACACCGCAGAGGCCCAACGAAUUGUGAAAAAUAUUCGAGAAGAAUUUCCAUUCGCGACGAGAGAUCUGCGAGAUGUCGCUGAGGCGGUGGUUCGCAUUGAACUUCUUCUCAUCACUGACUUUGAUGUGGAAAAGGAUAAUUAUGUUUCUCUACUCACCUAUGAUGAUCUCCAAAAUGAUCCCGCCAAACUCUAUCGUCAACAUCUUAAACUGGCGGUGGCUCACUUUGUAGAGAAACGACAUCACAAAGGUAUUGAAGAGUGUCUUCGUCUCAUUCGCGCCGAACCAAAGUUGUUGCCGGCAUUAAAAGAAGCGGGAAUAGUGCCAGUCGAUACAGUACUCGGUCCACACGCAAAGACACCAGCACGACAGGUGAUAUUAGGCAUCUUUGAGGCAUUGGGGAAUACGAAUGAACAUACUAUUAAAGGAAGACAAAUGCUGCAGGCGUACUUGUAG